AUGGCUGCAGCUCUAGCUAUGGCCGGUACCGGCCUUGGCUCCGGGUCGUUGGUUCUACAAGUAGUGGACGAGUGUGUCAAAUACUACAAAUACUUCAGCGAGGCGUCCAAGAUGCCAGAAAAGCACCGAUACUUGCAAAUUCGACUGCAACUAGAACAGCAACGUUUUCUUGUGUUCGCCGAAGAAGCCGGCUUGUUGUCCACCGAAGCCGGCCCCGAUAUACUUUCGAUCAACUCGACCCUGCUUCAAGAAACCCUUUCCGAGAUUAAGAGUCUCUUCGAAAUGUUCCAGCAAGCGAACGGGAAAUACGUCGAUAUCGUACUUUCUGAUGGACUUGAGAAAAGGUUGAGCCCUCAGCCGAGCAUGAUGGACCUGCUCUGCGCCACUCAAGGUCCUAUUGCUAAGAUUGACAUCUCAGUUGCACCUACUGCGAAAACGUCCUUACGAUCAAACUCUAUAUUCAGCAAAAUUAUAUGGAAGGCGAGGAAGCUGCGUACAAUCAUCGUCGAGCCGAAACGUUUAGUUUGGGUAGCAUUUGACCAGAAGGCAUUCACAUCUUUGAUUGCAAACCUGGAGGUUCUGAAUUCCGCCCUCAUUUCUCUUCUUCACUCAUCCAGAAGUCGUCGAAUAAAUCAGGCGAUCCAAACGAGUUAUCAAGAAAUCAUACAGAUGAAAACCGACCUUCAAGGCCUAAAGGCUACAAUUCAAGCCAUAACUUACAACAUCAAUCAAGAGGAGGAGAACGUUCAAUCAGUCCCCAUGCCUUCCCUCUCCCUGCGUAUAUCACUCUGCUUCCAACUCGCAGAAUGUCUGUCCAACUUCCACGCCGUCGACUGGCUGCACAAAGGCCUUCGGAGCCAGAACAUUCUCUUCUUUAGCCCAGACGUGGGUUCUGUUGAUCUUCAGAAGCCAUAUCUCACCGGCCUAGAGCUCUCAAGACCAGACGGACGGCCAGAGCUGACUGACGUUGCAAAGCCCAAUCCUGACACAGAUCUCUACCGACACCCUCUGGUGCAGGGGGGUGAAAAUGCUGACGCCUACCGUAAAUCCUUUGACCUCUACAGCUUGGGGAUAAUCCUCCUCGAAGUUGGAUGUUGGUCGCCCAUCGAGAGUAUUGUCGGCUACAAGGCCGUAUCAAGCCUCACUGGAGAUGAGCUGCGCUCUGUAAAGGACAAGAUCCUUGUGGAUAAGAACCAAGCGCUGCUUGACAGCGAAUUCCCAACCAAGUCAACAUGUUUAGAGGUAGUCUCAGCGCACGCAGGCAAUACCUUCAGAGACAUUUUGGAGAUUUUACUUUGCGCAAACGAGAUAGAAAGCCCGGCUUAUCCUGGGGAGAAGGCAGCACUGAGAAAUCGACGACUGCGCGAGGCGUUUGCGGAGGGGGUAGUGGAACGUCUCCAGAAGAUGAGGGAAGCGCUAUGA